GUGUACAUGGGAAGGGGACAGGUUGUCAAAAAGCACCUUGCCUGGCAGGCAGGUUAUUCUCUGUUUAUCCCUAAGGGGGCUGGGACACCUUCCUGGGAAGCAUCAAGUGCCCCCUGGGACAAGGCUACAGCUAUGCUGGGGCCCUGGUCCAAGCCAGCAGAGCAAGUCCUGCCUUACUUGGAGAGCUGCAGGAUCCUGCUCCACAUGGAUUCUGCUUUGCCUAAGCCUGAAUGAAUCAGAAAAAUAUCCUUCAUCGAUGUCCUGUGUGGGAGAACCUUCCCAGAGUCUGGCUGGGGUAGCUGUGGUGCAACCUCGUCUCUUUUCAAUUAAGGAAGACUUACUUAUACCAUGGCGUGUUAUCUGGGGGAGGAGGUGCAAGGAACAGCAGCAGCAGCAGCAACUGGAAGGGACAGGGAGAAGCCAGCAGUGAGUGCAUCCUGUCAGCAUGGGGAGGGUGGCACAGAGAGAGACUGAGCAUGGGGAGGGAGGAAUAAGACCCGUGAUCCUUAAAGGAAAAACAACAGGAAAUUAGGUUUGAAAAUAGAAAGAUUAAGCUGGAGGGGGUGGGAGAGACAAGGAAAGUAGGUGAAGAAAGAAGAGGGGGGAAAGGCAGAGAGGCAGUGGGGAAGACAGAAAGUGACACAGAAAGGGGGUGGAGAAAAAAAGAGGGGAAGAGAGAGAGAGAGAGAACCAUACUAAAGGAAUAAAACCAAGCAACUGAGAAGAACGAAGAGUUCAACUCAAUUACAGAAAGGAAAAGUGCUAAGGCAAGGAAAGGAGAGAGAAGAAAAGACUCAAAAUCAGAGGCUGUCUCCAGUGCUGCCUUCAAGCCUUCUCCCCCCCUCCUGGUGAGCAGAAAUGGGGGACUGGAGCUUCUUGGGCGAGUUCCUCGAGGAGGUCCACAAGCACUCCACAGUGGUGGGGAAAGUCUGGCUGACCGUGCUCUUCAUCUUCCGGAUGCUGGUGCUCGGUACCGCAGCCGAGUCCUCCUGGGGGGACGAGCAGUCCGACUUCAUGUGUGACACACAGCAGCCUGGCUGCGAGAACGUCUGCUAUGACAAGGCCUUCCCCAUCUCCCAUGUCCGAUUUUGGGUCCUCCAGAUCAUCUUUGUCUCCACCCCGUCCCUGGUGUACAUGGGCCACGCGAUGCACACGGUGCGCAUGGAGGAGAAGAGGAAGAUGAAGGAGGCAGAAAGGGAGGCCCAGGAGAUGAAGAACAGCGGUGACAAUUACUACCAGCAGAAGUGCCCUGUGGCAGAGAAGGCCGAGCUGUCUUGCUGGGAUGAAUCGGGAGGCAAAAUUAUCCUCAGGGGCAGUCUGCUGAACACCUACGUCUACAGCAUUUUGAUUCGCACUGCCAUGGAAGUGGCCUUCAUUGUGGGACAGUACGUCUUGUACGGGAUCUUCCUGGAGACCCUGUACAUCUGCCAGCGGGCACCUUGCCCCCACCCUGUCAACUGCUACGUUUCCCGUCCCACAGAGAAGAACGUCUUCAUCGUCUUCAUGCUGGCUGUGGCUGUGCUGUCCCUGUUCCUCAGCCUGGCCGAGCUGUACCACUUGGGCUGGAAGAAAGCCAAAGAGAGGUGCUCCCGGGCUUACAAACCCAGCCCCAGCACAGCUCCUGGCAGACUGGAAUCUGCCCCGCAAGUGGAAAGGGCCCAGAUGUACACUCCCCCGCCAGAUUUUAAUCAGUGCUUGGCGAGUCCCAACGGGAAGUUCAUCAGCCCCUUCAGCAACAAGAUGGCCUCCCAGCAGAACACCGCCAACUUCGCCACCGAGAGGGUCCACGGCCAGGAGGAUGCUGCUGGUGAAGGGCCCUUUGUGAAGUCCAGCUAUGCGGAGAGCCCGGAGGUGGCCAACGAGUGCGCGGCACCUGCCUUCCCUGAGAGCUACUUCAACGAGAAACGCCGCUUCAGCAAGACCAGCCGUGCCAGCAGCAAGGCGAGGUCGGAUGAUUUGUCUGUGUGACUUGUUGCCGGGAGGGAUGAGGAGAAGGAGUGGUCUCGGCGCUUCGUAAAACUUCUGCAAAGUGGGCCGCAGACUCUUGCCACUAACCUCUCUCUCUUUUAAUGCCCUCUUGCUCCUUCUCGGUGAACGUCAUCGCAUUGCAGACACUUCUCACAGCUUACAGCAGGGGCAGCCACUGGACAACGCACACCUGGAGGCUGAGAAGAAGCACCAGUCUCGAGAUGUGAAGCUCUCGGCCAUAUUCUCACCAGGGGACCCGCAGGGACUGGGGACUCGCCAUCCCUAGCCACAGACUGGUAGAGCACAGGCUAGCACGCUCCUGAGGCUGCCUGGCUGCCCCAAAUGCAAGGCCAGCCAUCCACUGCGACGCUGCAUCCAGCAGGCUGACAGGACCUCGACCCCCUCAGCCCCCUCGCAUCUCCUUUGAUGUCUGUUCAAUACUCACUACAGCACUGGGCAAUGAUACCGAGCUGAAGCUUCUCUCACCUGCAGGGAGCAGAAACACACCAGCGGGCCUUCUGAAAGAAAGACUCUCUCUUCUUUGUUGUCUCUCUUUCUAACCUUCCCUUUCUCUACCUGAGCCCAGAUAUUUUAUACCAGUUUACCUAUACAAUAAACUCUACUUGAAUUUUUUGACACUGUGCAUAGAACUGUUCCCAUAGAUAGAUAAGGACAGCCGUGGUCCCCCCACACACAGCUGCUUCGUGUCUAACUUUGGAUUCCCUUCCUCAUUCCUACACCAGCACAGCAGGCUGGCCCCUGGGAUGUCACGCAGAUGAUCAGUUGACGAAGACUAGGGAAUUUUCCCAACAUACUUGUGUCAGCAAUUUUAAGCAAGGCAUCCACUAACAGAAAUAGAGAUUUUCCUCUGAGAACAGACAUCCACCUAGUAAAAAAAGGAGGAAUCAUCAUGUGGAAACAAAGUGAUUUUUCCCUUUCUUAUGCUCAUCUUUCAAGCAACCUGAAUGCUGCUGAAAGGGUGCUGACAGCUGCCAGCUUGGGAGAUAAACAUCCUCUGUUUACCUGCAGAAGAGGUACGGCCUGUGUCUUCUCCCUACUACCCUACCAAAAAAUAAUAAAAAAAUAAAAAUAAAAAAAAAACAAUUCAGCAACUUUUGCAAGGAGCAAGAGGCCCCUCCAGGUCCUGCACAUCAGUGAGCUCCUGGCUGCUCUCUCAAACCUGCCAACAACGAUAUUUGUCCUCACAGAAAAUCUCUGUUCUGCCAUCAGGUCAUCUUCUUCGCUUCUGGUGCACGUGGUAAAAGAAACCCCCUAUGGACCACCUCUUUCCACCACUGCAGCCUCCCAGAGCAGCCACUGGCGCCCAGUGCUGCACAGUGAGCCUGGUGGGUGAGGUCUGCAGGCAGCUCCCACCCUAGAUACAUUUUCUCCCUGCAGAACUGACCUUCCUCUUUUAAAGAGGGAUGCCAAACAGAGCUAGACUGCUCCUUGCUGUUUACCCUGCUGUUGGACUGUGAGUGAGUGGCCUGGGACCAGCUUGUGAGGGGACCGAGCCAUUCCCUUUCUUAGCAGCUGCUGAAAAAGUUUGUGAAUCCUUGCUCCCGUUACACGGUUAGCUUUGGUGCAGUUCUCUGUACGUAUACAAACACAACCACACACAGGGGGGGAAAAAAACUUUGUUUGUUUGUUUGUAAGGUGUUUUAUAAACGUGUAUUUUAUAAUCCUGAAAAGACCUGUGUGCUCGCUCUCCUUAACAUGAGAUUUUAGUCCAUUGUGCCUAGGUUUCUCCUAAUAAAGUUCUAACUCCA